CUAAAAAAAAGUGGCUGUAAUAUUCUCCAUUUCUUUAUUUUUACAUUGAAUUUGCAGGUAUUUACAAUAAAUACCUCCAUCAUGAGCAGACCUAUUCUUUUGAUAGCAGUAAUUUCACUAAGUUUGAUAGCUGGGACAUAUGGUAUAAGAUGUUUGGAAUGUUUCGGCGUGGCAGAUGAUGCAGCAUGUAAGGCUCAGGGACAGAUAAGAGAAUGCAGGUGGAAUCAGGAUGCAUGUGAAAUUGAACUUCGUUGGCAUGAAGGAUGGGGAGGACACAUUUUAAUGUACAAACAAUGUAAACAAUCGAAAGCUUGUGACAACAAUCAUAUCCAGAAUCCGAGAGAUGCUUGGGCUCCUACGCAAUGUAACCCAGACGACUUCAACUCAGUCUGCAGAUGUUGUUGCUACACAGAUGAAUGCAAUGUAGCUAGAGAAGACUGUUUUGGAAAGCCCGGGUGUCCAUUGCUGCCAACCACUAUUCAUCGUGGAAAAGUUGAUUGCACAAAAGGCCGUGAGCCCGGAAGUGUUUGCACAACAACAUGCCAACCCGGUAGCGUACUAUUAGGAUCUGCAGUGACAUACUGCAGGUAUGACGGAUACUGGAGCAGACCCUUGCCUAGAUGUAUUGUUGAACAAUGCGAGGAACGUGAUCUCGCUAACGGUUGGUAUAUCUGUACUAACUCUUAUUAUGUCGGAAGCCAAUGCACAGCAAACUGUAGGCCCGGAUUUGAAUUGGUAGGAGCAAAAGUUCAUACUUGUCUCGGAAGCACGACCAAAUGGUCAGCAAGAUGGAACUACUGGCCGCCCCGUUGCACGCCAAUCCAAUGCCCUGACAGAGGAACAGUAGAAUUUGGAACUGUUGACUGUACAGACGGAAAUAACGUUCAAAGUAGAUGCAAAGUUGUCUGUGACGAAAAUCAUCGUUUGGAAGGUAUCGCCGACAGUUAUUGUGAAGACAAAGGAACAUGGAGUCACCCUCUGCCCGUUUGCACCAAAAUUCAAUGCCCAAUUCGAGGACAAAUUAUCAACGGUCGUGUCGAUUGUACAGAUGGAGUUGAAGUUGGCAGCGUGUGCACCGCUGAUUGUGACGAAUCUUACCGACCCGAUGGAGUUAAUGUCGAAUGUAUGUCGGGAACACGUCUUGUAGGUAUUGAAAUCAGUUCCUGCAUGGAAGUUGGACUUUGGGAUUAUGAGCUCCCUCGUUGUGAAAGAGUUGAAUGUCCACCGCGUGGAACUAUCGAUGGAGGAGUUGUGUCUUGCAGCAACAAAGGAUUUGUCGGCAGCAUUUGCUUAUCGCGUUGUAAUAUGGGUUCGGCAAUGAGUGAACCGUUAAUAGCGUUUGGUCUACCGUCGGGAGAAUGGAGCGUUCCUUUGCCAUCUUGUUCAAGAAUCGUCUGUCCCGCUCUUGACUUCUCUCUGCAACCUGGCACAAUGACAUGCACCAACGAAUUCUUUUAUCGAAGUACAUGUUCAUUCCGAUGUGAUGAAGGGUACUUUGUAUUUGGCGCACUCCAAGUAGGCUGCCGAUUAAAUGGAAUGUGGACUACAAGAGUUCCAGAAUGUAGAGAAAUUCGUUGUGGUAACAGAGGACGAGUUGCCAAUGGUGUUGUCACUUGUAGUGAUGGAAACGAAGUAGGAAGCAGUUGCGAUGUCACGUGUAACCCUGGCUACAGCCUGAGAGGCAGAGUAACAACGAAUUGCCAGGGAAAUGGCCGAUGGGAUUUCAGACAAGCAGUGUGCGAAACUCAAAACUGUCCACCUCGUGGAAGGCUUUUUGGCGGUACCGUGACUUGUUUUGAUGGAAAUGCAUUCGGAAGCGUUUGCACUGCUCGAUGUAAUGCCGGUGCUGAACUUGUGGGAGCCUCCGUAAGUACUUGUGAAGCUGGUGGCGUCUGGAGUAUCGGUCUUCCAACUUGCGUUAGCCGACCCUGCUCUAAUCAAGGGGAUCUUGAAUUUGGUGAAAUUUCUUGUUCAAAUGGCUGGAACGUUCAAUCUCAAUGUACGUUCACUUGCACCGAGCCGAAUUAUCAACUGUUCCCGGAAGGACGACAAAAAAAUCUUUGCCUUCCGACCCAAUCCUGGAACGUACCCAAACCUUGCUGUGCGAGACCUUGUCCACCAUGGGCUGUCAUGGACAUCGUUUUAGUCCUCGACUCUUCUUCUUCUAUCGAACCUGAAAACUGGGUAGAACUUACUCGUUUUGUUCGAGGAAUAAUUAGAUCCUUCCGUGUGGAGCCAGACGCUGCAAAUUUCGCAAUCUUCAGAUUCAAUAAAGUGGUUGAUGAGGUGAAUCAAAUCUUGUUGAACAGUUACCCGGGAGAUGUCGAGGGCUUGAUCGAAGCUUUCAACCGAAUACCGUACGAUGGAAGUGGUACCUGGACCGGAAACGCUCUCAACCAUGCACUGACAGUCAGUUUGAGUCCAGAGAAUGGAAACAGGCCGGACGUACCUGAUUUUGUUUUCGUAAUUACUGAUGGAAAAGCCGGAGAUGAUGUUGAAGCACCAGCAGAAGCCCUGCGAAGAUCGGGAGCUAAGAUUCUUGUUUUGGGUAUUGAACCACCUUCCGGCAGAGGUCUUACACAAGAAAUUCUGGACCAAUUAUUGGUGAUUGCCGGACAACCACAGAACCUUAUCAUUGCUGAUGAUGGUUUUGCUGGACUGACAGAUGACUUUAGUCUUCUUCUGAGCCGAAACAUUUGCGGAGAUCCUUGCGAAUAGUCUGUACGUGCUCUGGUCACAACAAACCUGAAAAAUAGUCUUAUUUAGGCCUAAUUCGUCUUUUUUAAUACAGUGUUUCUUAUCCACGAUAAAAAUAGCUUUAGGUUAUGGGUGACGAUGGUAAUGAAUAUGUAAAGCUACACAAUAAACGACCAGAAAGUAUUGAA